UUCCCUUUAUAUGCUUUCACCCGCCCCAUUACUUCUCACAGCUCACUCAACGGAAGUGCAACAGCUUACUCUACUCUCCAUCUUCUUUUCUAAAGUUGCAAGCUUGAAGCUUGAGUUUCCCUAUCUUCUGUUUUUUUGUUUCAUAUAGAACCAAUUUCACAUCUCUCCCGAUAAAAUGGCCUUCACCUCGGCAGCCUUGCAAACAAUUUUCGCCAGCCCAGCCCUGGCCAGCCGAACCCGAACCACCUCCUACUCCUUCCCUCGUAUCGCCAGUGUACCGCGUCUAAGCAGAAAUGCCGUCAGGUGCAUGGCCACCGGGGAUGAGAAAACAGAACAGAGCAGCGAACCCACAGUUGUACCGCCAACGACAUCUCAAAUCCCUACUCCCACUCCGCCCAAGCCGCAGGCGCCCAAGGUGAGCACCAAAUUUGGCGACGUGUUGGCGUUCAGCGGGCCGGCGCCGGAGAGGAUCAACGGCAGGCUGGCGAUGGUGGGAUUCGUGGCCGCCUUGGCGGUGGAGCUAUCCAGGGGACAAGGUGUGUUCACCCAGAUCUCAGAGGGAGGCUCCACCUGGUUCGUUGCGACCAGCGUGCUGUUCACUCUGGCGUCGUUGAUCCCUCUGUUCAAGGGGGUCACCGUGGAGUCGAAAUCGAAAGGUCUGAUGACCUCCGAUGCGGAGAUGUGGAACGGUAGAUUUGCCAUGCUGGGUUUGGUCGCCCUGGCCUUCACCGAGUACGUCAAGGGUGCGCCCUUUGUGUAAAUCGCCUAAUUUUGCUAGGUGUGUUGGUCAGCUGAAGCUUGUGUUUGUAUUUAUAUGCUACUAGUAAGUAUACGAAUGAAUGAAAUACUGUUUGAUUCAAAUUUCAGCCUUUUGCAUUAACC